GUUCCUAGAGCACCAACAUGUUUCCCCCGUCAGGCAUGUUUCCCCCAAUGUUUCCGCCCGCUGGCGGGGGCUUGUUCGCCGACGCGAUGCAGCGAGCGCUUCUUCGCAACAUUUUGGGCGGGACGCCGCUCACAGACGAUUCGCGAGACGUCCCGCUAGACGUGCAGCAUGAGCAGGCUCGGCAGCGCAUGGCUGCUAAGUGGCGGUCAGAGCGCAACAGUCUGGUGGUGCCCAAGGCGCAGCUGCAGAUGGGUUCGGUGCGCCCCCACUUCUCGCGCCAGCCCCUAGCGCGGCUUGAGCCCAUCCGGCUGUGCCAGCUGCGUCUGGGCUUCGUGCACACUGGCAAGUACGUGCUGUGCCGUACACUGGUGACGCCGUACAAGCUGCGAGCCGUGGCCAGCGUGGUCACGGACUGCCCGGCGGCGAGUGGCGAUGGGGACGAGGAGGAGGGCACAUGCCAGCGACGGCUGUCGGUCUACAACCUGGUCAGCAAUAAGGUUGCGGCCUUCAGCGAUGACGUGUCCAAGCACUGCCUGCCGCGCGGCACCGUGCUCGCAAUCAAGGAGCCCUACUUCCGUGUUGGCUCGGCUGACUCCCAGCCCUUCCUGCGUGUGGACAGCCCCAUGGACCUGAUGGUCAUCUCCGACCCCCGCCACCCGCUGGUCGUCGGCACGGCCUGGGAGGAGGACGUGAGGGCUGCAGCCGCAGCGGCGGUGGCGAGGGGCGGUGGCGCAUCGCCGCAGUCGCUGCAGCUGACAGCAGGAGCCACGGCUGCAGACGUUGACCAGGCGGCGCAAUGGCAGUCGCAGGGCAAUGCGCUAUUCGGGUCGGGUCACUUCGUGGACGCACUCCACGCCUACCAGCGUGGACUGGCGGCGUUGCAGCAGGCGGGACAGGCACAGCCGGAGAGCGAGCAUCUGUCUGAGGAGCAGCAGGGGGCACUUGCAAAGCGGACGGCGGUACUGCUCAACAACUCGGCGGCGGCGUGCCUGGGCUUUGGCGCGCACGAGUCCGCCCGUGCCUACGCCCAACUUGCCCUGCGGGGAGACCCGGGCAACCCAAAGGCGCUGAUGCGGCUGGCCAAGGCGCUGGAUGGGCUUGGCAGGUACUCGGAGGCUGCUGAGGCGUGGGAGUCGCACCUCGCAGCUGCCAGCUACCCACAGGGCAGCAGCGCCGCCGCAGCCGGUCGGCGCUUUCUGCAGUCUCUGCGGCAGCGGGUGGCGGAGGCUGAGCGGGGCGAGUACAACGAGGCGGGCAUGGCGCGGGAGGCGGCGGCCAGCACCACGCCGCGACUGGAGGGGCACGCCGACUUCAUUGGGCCCGUGCAGGUGGCGGACGCGGGGGAGGGCCGCGGCCGGGGCCUGUACACGACGGCACCGGUGCGCGCGGGUCAGCUGCUGCUGGCCAUGCGCGCGGACGCGGUAUGCUACAUGGGGGAGGUGCAGUCGCUAAUGCCGCAGUUCACGUCCACACCUGGCGUCAUCAACGGCCCCACCCAGUCGCAGCUCAACCGCGACCUGCCCAUCUCGGUGCUCGGCUGCGGCCGCCUGGCGGCGCGCCUGGCGCACCUACAUGCCGGCGGCCGGACACGUGUGCCACCCGUGCCGCCAGCAGCAGAAUGCGGCUUCGUGCCGACGUGGCGCCCGGUGGCGGCCGCAGCGGGCCCGGCCGCCGCCAGCACAACUGCCGCUGCUUUGGACGCUGGGGCCGGUGUGAACGCGGCUGGUGCAGAUGGGGAGGCGGUGGCGGCCGCGGCGAGCGCGUGCGAGCAGCUAGCGGUGGUGGAGUGCGGCGGCGCGGCGCAGCGCGGCGGCGCGGCGGUGGCACACGGCCUGCUGGAGGUCUCGCCCAAGGGCUACGUGUGUGUGGAUUGUGAACUGCUGGAGCGCAUCAGCUCCACCAACGCCUUCACGCCCGACGCUCUGCCGGAAACCAAGGUGGUAGACAUCAGCGGCGAGGGUAGCGGUGGUGGCCGUGGCGGCAGCGGCAGCGGCAGGGACCGGCUAAAGAAGCUAGAGCAGGAGGAGAUGUUCUCCGGCACCGGUCUCUGGUCUCUAGCCUCUUACAUCAACCACAGCUGCUGCGGCAACGCCACGAGGUACUUCCUGGGAGACUUCAUGUUUGUGCGCGCCUCUCUCGACCUGCCCGCCGACGCGGAGGUGACCUUCGCCUACACAGACCCCAUGCGGCCCUACCAGGAGCGCGCCCAGGCGCUGCGGAAGCACGGCUUCGUGUGCGGCUGCGAGCUGUGCAGCGAGGAGGUCGACUGGCGCCGCCGCCAUCCCGACCGGGCCCUGCGCGUGGACGCGUUGACAGCGGCAUUUGCGCAGGACCUGGCGCCCGCGGCCCUGGACGCCGCCGGCCGCGGCGCCGCCGCCCGCGCUUUGGCGGGCCGCAUUCGUGGGCUGCUGGACGACAUGGGGGAGGCGCUGCGCGGCCGCGCCUGGCGCACCUCCCUGUUCUGGCCGUCUAGCGCACUGGCCAUGCUGCUGCUGUCAUGCGGGGACCGCCAGGCGGCGCUGCAAGCAUACGAGCAAACCCUGGCGGCAGCGACCCGCUACCCCGCCAGCCCCGGCCCCGACGGUGGUGCGCGUGGCGAUGCGGCCAGCGGCGGCAGCAGCGCCGACGCCUCGGCGGCUGCUUCCAGGCGCCGGCACUACCUCACGCCGUCUGCAAUUCAGACGGCGGUCAACAUUGCGGCCACGUGGGCUGAGGUGGCGGGCGCCGGCGGGCGCAGUCAGCGACAGGCGGCGCGGCAGGCGGCGCGGCACUGGGAGGCGACGGCGCGGGAGGUCUGGUCCCGCUUCUACGGCAGUCAGGAACUGUUUGACGAGCGGUUCAAGGGGCCGCUGCGGCUGAUCCGGGGCGGCGGCGUGUAGGGGCAUCUGCAGGCUUCUCAUACAGGGAGCGUGCACCGAGCGUUCCAGCUCAGGCAAGGCACAUUCGUGCAGAGCCUUGCACCACCAAGCAGCUUCAAUGCCGGGGGGAGGGUUUGCGUUGCGCAGGCAGUUGUGGGGACGUCGGUCGUGAGCUGGUUUCGUGUUGACAGGCGGGGGAGAUGUCACGGACAGCUGGGGACGCUCCCAUCCUUGUAACACAACAACAACAAUGUUGAUGGUGCCCGUUUCCUGAAGUAUUUCGGCUAUGUCCGGGCAAUGAGGUAGUUCGAACUCAGAGAGUGGGGGGGCUCAGCCCCUUUUCCCGUGACCGGGGAACACUUGUCCCGUGUCACGACCAUUCCGUCUUUGCUGGGUCGGUGGGUCCUGUGCCAAUCAAGCGCGCGCGGCGCGCAGCAAGCCGCCGAAUGGAAUGUUGAGGCACGUGCCUCUGCAGACGCAG